GUGGCGAUGCCUCUUACUGGUUUCUCUGGUCAGGCAGUGGGAGGAAGGUUUUCUCAGCUGAUUCUGAAGAUUUCUGCCUGUUUUUGCUUCUUCAUGUGACUCUAACCUGUAAAAUCAGAAGGUUUGAACCAGAUCUAAACGGAUGAGCCACGUUUCUCCUCACGGACCGAUUUCUCUCCCCCUGGAGGUCAUGCCGGGCAGCCCAGAGAACAUCCCCCUGGGGGAGUGCGCCCUCUCCCAGUCCCAGGACCGGCUGACGCCGCCCAGCCACGCAGCCAGCACCGUCUUCUCUCUGUCCCGCAGCGAGUCGCUCUGGACCCCGGAGCCGCCGCCCAAAAGAUGCGACGUGUUCUGGUUCCCCAUUCACUUCAUGUCCACCGGGGGCAGCUUCCUGGCCUGCGGCGUCAUCAUCAGCGGCCUGUGCUUCGCGGGCCAGUGCCAGCCGGCCCCCGCCCUGCUGGGACCGGCCCUGCUGUCCAUAGGGCUGAUGGUGCUGGUGGUGGGGGUGGUGCUCAUCCCCAUCACCAAGAAGAACAGGAAGCGCUCCCACAUGCGGAGGCCCCUCGGCUACUACAAGCCUCCGGUCGUCGACGUGUGACGUCAUCGGGGGGUUUCCCGGUGACGCUGCGGCGUUUUCAGCAUGAGAUGAAAUCCAAGAAAUAUUUACGAUGCGGCUCAGCAUGGAGACAUUUCUGUUCCCCGCCGGGUCAGCGGGGGGCCGGGCGUAGAGUUACACUGUAAAACAUUAACGGCAACAUUUAGGUUGACUUAGUCUGUCACGUUAUUCAUACAUUUAUAAAUGUCAGAAUCCCAAAGUAAAUAUUUAGUUUACUAAAUAUAAAGUUAUCAGGCUGCAUAUUUAGUUUCAAACUAAAUGCUUACUUUAUAUU